AUGGAGAGUUUCAAGAAAGAAAGAGAAAUAAUAAGAAAACACUUCAAGAAAAUAUGUGCAGAAAUAGACCUGAAAAUAAGCGACAAAGAACGGAGCAAGGACGACAUGUUAUCCCUUUUAAGGCAAUUAGAAGACAAGGGUGACCGACUAUUCUCUUCAGAUGAAAACAUUAGAGGAAUGUUAUUAUCAAAUGAAACUGAAGAGGAAGAUUUAGAAGAGGAAUUCAACAAAGUAGAAUUUUUCCGAGAAGAAUUCGUAAGGAAAAGAACUGAAUGUGAAGCUGAGUUGAAGAAGUUAUUGGAUCAAACAACAUCGCAAGAAUGCAGCGGCGAAAAGAACAAGAGAAAAUUCUGGCUUCCACAAAUUGAAAUGAAAAAAUUCGACGGAAAUGUCAAAAAUUGGAUAGGAUUUUGGGGACAGUUCCGAAAAAUACAUGAAGACAUGGAAAUCGAUUCAGAAGACAAAUUUCAGUACCUACUUCAGGCAACAGAAGUUGAUUCAGCAGCAAGAAAGCUAGUGGAGAGUUUUCCUCCAUCAGGAGCGAAUUACAUGAUAGCUGUCGAUCAGAUGAAGGCAAGGUUUGCAAAAGAUGAAUUCCUUAUCGAGGUGUAUGUGAGAGAAUUACUGAGUUUAGUUCUCAAACAAACAAUGGACAAUACAAGUAUGUCACUUUCCAAUCUUUAUGAUAAGUUAGAAACACAACUUAGGGCAUUGGAAUCUCUAGGGGUAACAAAGGAAAAAUAUGCGGCAAUGUUGUAUCCUUUGGUAGAGUCUUCAUUACCGAACGAUACAUUGAAAGCAUGGGAAAGAUAUCGCAGUUCAAAUGAAGUGAACAACAUUUCUAAUCCAAAUGAGAUAGGGAAAAGUAUUUGUGGUUCUGAUAAUCUGUCAUUUUUAUUAGAUUUCUUACGAAGCGAAGUUGAAUCAGAAAAAAGAAUAAAUCUAGCACAGUCAAGUUUCUACAAUGAAGCAGUCGAUAAAACAGGUGACGGUGGAUUAUACACAGCUGCAGCAUUGUAUUCAGCAAGUUCGAAAGACGCAGGAAAAGUUGGUAAGAAAGUUCCAUAUUGUCUCUUCUGUACAAAAUCUCACUGGAGUCAAGAUUGUCUCAAAGCUCAGAAAUUAUCUUUGAAUGAAAGAAAAAAUAUUGUCAAAGAAAAGAAAGGCCUAAAACAAUAUCAUUCUUGUAAACAAUGCAGAGCAUUUGUGAGAUGUAUAGUUUGUUCGAGGAAACAUUAUCCAAUAAUGUGUCCGGAUUUAGAUGUGAAAAAGGGAAAGAAGGAUACUGAGAAGAAUGAAAUAGAAAAUAUUUUGACUAGCAACUUAUCUAAUACAGUAUUAUUGCAAACAGUUCUUGUGCGGAUUCAUUUUGAAGGGAGCGAAAAAAUAGUUAGAGCAUUAUUAGAUUCUGGUUCACAAAGAUCUUAUAUUUUAUCUAGAAGUGCAGAAGAACUAAAGUUGAGGAAAAUUGACAAUGAAACUAUAAUACAGGGAGUUUUUGGAGGGAAGCAAUCGCAACCAGAAACUCAUAAGUUAUUCGAAGUAACAAUAAAAAGUAUUGAUAACACACAUGAAUUUAAAAUCAAUAUGUUGAAUCAAGAUAAAAUCUGCAAUUAUAUUCCUCGUAUUAAUGAUUCAUCUUGUAUAAAUUAUUUGAAGCAAAGUAAUAUUGUGAUUCACGAUAGCAAUUUGUCAAAUGCUCCAAAGGAAAUUGAACUAUUACUAGGAGCAGAUAUAUUUGGUCAUUUAUUAACUGGUAGAAAACAUCACCUUGAUGGUGGACUUGUAGCGUUCGAAACAUAUUUGGGGUGGACACUCAUCGGACAGUACGACACAAAACAACGCAAUGAGACUAUAUUUUCUGGAUUUUCCGAAUUGUCAAUACCAGACUCAUGGGAGUUAGAAUUACUUGGUAUAAAAGAUUCAGUACAAGUAAAAUCAAAUGAAAUUCUAGAAGAGCAAGCUUUGAUCCAUUUCUAUGAUACUAUUACUAUAAAUGACGAAAAAAGAUAUGAAAUUAAAUUACCUUGGUCGCAAGAUCACUUGAAUAUUUUAGAUAAUAAGGAAAUGGCUCUUAGUAGAUUAGAGUCUAAUACAAAAAGAUUGCUGAGUUUGAAAAAAUAUGAUGAUUAUUCAAGGGUAUUCGAUGAAUGGGAAGAAUUGGGAAUUAUUGAGGAAGUGACCGACGAGAAAGAAAUGAGACAAGAAAAUUCUAUUCAUUAUUUGUCGCACCAUGCAGUCAUUAAAGAAUCAAGUGCAACUACGAAAAUUCGCCCAGUUUUCGAUGCAUCAGCUAGGGACAAGGAUGGGAAUUCAUUAAAUGAUAGAGAUAGAGAAGAUAGAGAUUAUUUAAGAUUUUUCUGGUGGAGAAACUACUCAGAAAAGGAAAUUAAAAUAUACAAGCAUUGCAGAGUAGUGUUUGGUGUCAAAUGCAGUUCAUUUAUUUUGUCAGCUACGAUUAGUUAUCAUUUGGAUAAUGUUGCAGUACAGUUGAAAAAGACGGCGGAAAAAUUGAAAAAUUCAUUUUACGUAGAUAACUCUGUAACAAGUGUAACAAAUGAAUCAGAAUGCGCAAAAUUUAUCGAAGAAGCAACAUUUAUUAUGUCGUCUGCAAAGUUCAACUUACGAGGAUGGAUAUACAAUUCCCAAAAAUCUAAGGAAAUUUCUGAUCAAGUGAACGUAGUUGGAGUACUACGACUACUUUGGAAUAUACAAGAAGAUACAUUAUUUUGUGAUAUCCAUAGCAUGUCUGAUUCUCAAAUUGUAUUGACUAAACGAAGUUUGCUAUCAGUGGCACAAAAAAUUUUUGAUUCAAUUGAUUUCUUGUGUCCAGUAUUAUUGAUUCCCAAAUUAUUAUUACAGGAAACUUGGCAAGUUAAGAUUGGCUGGGAUCAAGAAUUGCCAUCUGAAAUAUCUAAAAAAUUUCAAUGCUGGGCAAAACAAGUAGAUUUAUUUGUUCAUUGUAAAAUUCCAAGGACACUUUGUGGAAAUUCCAAUUUAGAAAAUUCUUCGAACUCGACCAUCCACGUAUUUUGCGACGCUAGUAAAUCAGCAUAUGCAAGUUGCAUAUUUCUAAGAACCAUUAUUAAUGGAGUGAUUUCAGUCAAUAUAAUUCUUGCUAAAUCUAGACUAGCUCCAAAAAAUAUCACUUUACCUAGACUGGAAUUAUUGGCGGCAUUACUAGGUGUCAGACUAUACAUAACUGUUACAAAAAUAAAAGAAUUUUGCGAUAUGAAGACUUACUUCUGGAGUGAUUCAAUGGUGACAUUGACCUGGAUAAGAACAAAAGGACAAUGGAAAACUUUUGUGGAAAACAGGGUUAAAGACAUAAGGCUACAUACAAAUACAGAUGAUUGGUAUCAUGUUCCAGGCAAAAUCAAUCCAGCAGAUCUGGCUUCCAGAGGCUGCAAUGCCAGAACUUUGCUGGAAACUAAGUGGUGGUUUGGUCCAACAUGGUUAAAAAAUAAUUCAGAAGAAUGGCCUAAUAAUGAAAUAUUUUGUCCAGAAGAAGUGAAUUCAGAAAAAAGGAAUACAACACAAGUUCUUAUAUCAAAAGUGAAUAAAACAACUGAAGAAUUUCAAUACUUUUCAAAAUACUCUAAAGUUUUGAGGAUGAUCGCAUGGAUGUUGAGAUUUGGAUUCAACUCAAAACGAAGAAAUUUGAAGAAAUCAGGUGAAAUCACAUGUGAUGAAGUCAGUGAAGCAGAAAAAAGAUUACUUAGAAUGGUGCAAGAAGAAGUUUUCGGUAAAGAUCUCAGUUCCUUAAAUUUGGAGACUUUUCAAGACGAAAAUAAAUUAUGGAGAAUAAGGUCAAGACUAAUUCUGGGAGAUUUUGAAGAAAAUUUCAAAUACCCUAUUCUACUUCCUAGUAAGCAUGUUCUGGUUAAUAGACUCAUAGAAGAAUAUCAUAUACUCAAUCGUCAUACAGGAGUUCAAACAUUGUUGAGUAUUCUGAGGGAGAAAUUCUGGAUAUUAAAGGGUAGGAAAACUGUGAGACAAGUAAUUUCAAAAUGCUGUUUAUGUAAAAGAUAUACCAGUAAACCUAUAGAGACACCUUUUGCACCUUUACCUAGAAAUAGAAUAACAUGUGGAAAAGCUUUCAAUGUGGUUGGUAUAGAUUUGGCUGGACCUCUGUAUCUCAAAGAUAAAACGAAAACGUGGAUAGUAUUAUUCACAUGCGCAGUUUAUAGAGCAAUACAUCUGGAACUGGCUCAUCCAAGGCCCAGGACGGGUUACAGAUGCUCCAGCCUAUUCGACUGCACAGGCAGCUCCAACAACGGGGCCAGUGCCGAGAAGAAGGAAAUCUGCACUCCAGAGGAGAAAUCCUAUAACCCGACCGACCAGUCGGAGAUGGAGGUGGAUUCAGCGAGGGCUCCCACCGAGCUGAUGUCUCCCGUUGCCCUACCGGAAUCUAAGGAUACCGGCGGGCACGAGAGGGGGGCGGAGAAGGGGGAACUGAGCGGGGUUCCACACCACACAAAGCACUGA